GUCAGCCUGCAGCAACAGCUUCGAAUUGACAUCCUUUCAAAGGCUGAAACAAAAACAAAGCCCUGUGUUAAAAAAAACAUGCCUGCGUUAUGAGAAAUGGUCCCGCAUCUAAUCUUAACUUCCGAUCAGGCUGGGAAAAGACAGUCCUUUAUUUUGUCACAUAAGAUUCUGGCGGUGGAUAAACAAUCACAGACCUUAAAAACAAUGGCCUAAGAAUAGCAAACAAAUGUUUUGGCUUUACAAAUAAUCGCAAAUAUAUUUACGUUUAACAAUUCUUCCUUAAUAUGCUAAUUUAUUACAGAAUAUAUUGUACAUUACUGAUGAGAAAUAUAUUUUAGCACCUCUGCUUUUACCGGUAUUUCACAUAACACAAACAGUUUUCUUUCCUUUCUUUUAUGAGCUUUACGGUAGUGGCCCCCAACCGGAAGUCGCUGCUUCAACUUCCUUGGUAACAAGAAGCCUUCGCAACCCUUCCUGUGUAGCAAGUUUAGCUAGCUCCCUCGAAACACGUAUUCGAUAUUUUACAUUUGACUUGGUUUAGUGUGACAUUGCGUUAAAAAGAUGUCUCAAGCUGCUAAAUGUACAACCAACUAGACACCAUGCGCGCCGUGGUCAUUACGUGACGACAUGAACAAGCACCAGUGGCUUCGUCUUCGUUUAGCCUUGGUCGUGUUAUCGGCUGUGUGCUUGGCGCAAACGCGAGCACAGAAGGAUGCAACGCCGACGCAACCCGCGAGUGUAACGCCCCCUUCAGUCAAAAGUACUGGGACUCCCUUUGCAGACAGCCAAACAUCCACCGCUGCAACUGUCUCACCAAGUGCAGUUGCAACAAAUGGGGAAUCUCUCACCUCGGAGACCCCUUCUCCGGGGGUCACCGACGGGGUGACCCCCACCACGGAGUCCAUGAAUGAUACAUUUGGAAGCACUGGGACACCUUUUGAAUUCACCCCAAGUCCCACAGCUUCUAUUGCCCCAUUUGUGAGAGACCCUGAGGUGUGUGCCUGCGAUUUAACUCCUGAUGUCUGCGACAUUGGCUGCUGUUGUGACAUUGCUGACUGUGACGUUGCUGACCUGAGUACUGUGUUCACGGGAUGUCCUCAGAAAGAAACCAAGUCAGGACACUGUAUUGAGAAAUGGCUGAUGUUCCGCGCCAAUGUGGACACUUCCUUGGUCACUGUGACUGAAUCAUUAUUUUGUGUUCGAUCUGAAGUUGAUCACAUCAAGGUCUCCACUGCUCCACUAAAGCUUCCAGUAUUAGGGAACUCUUAUCACUUCUCACCACCGCAACCAAUCAGCGUCGGCCAUAGCCGACAUUUUUAUCGGGCCGACGACGUCAUCCAGACGUACUUCGGCGAUUCAUCCGUCCGAGGUCUCCUUCGUCAGCCGUCUCCAGGACCUGUCGGUGCAUUCUGUCUUAACCGCAAUCCCGCACGCUUCUUGAGGUCCGAGUCUCUGUCCUGUACUCGCAUGGUAACCCCUCAGUCGUGCAGCAAAGAUCCAAAUCUCAGCGCGCUCUCCUACUUCUCGGACCUCAGCCUGAUUAAAAUUCCCAAACCUGCAGAAGAACAAGUGUCUGACCUUUUGAUCGCAGUCACCCCACUUUCUGAUUGGCCUGCACCAAGUGAGAAAAAUAACCUUUGUACAAAUGUAGCAAAAGAGGUGGAGUUUGUCAUCGUGUUCACAAACCGAGGAGAGCUGGAGAGUGCGACGGUGAAUGUGCUUUUAGCUGAUGUGAAAACGGACCAGUUGUUUCAACAAGUGCAUUCGGUUCAAUUCAAGCUGAAGACAGCUCGCCCGUCUCCAACGCCACAGAUUCCCUCAGCUGGACUGCGGGUGGGAGCCAGUGUUCGCGGUCGCUUUAACGGCGUCGUGAAACCCGUGAGUGUAAUGGGGAUGGGGCAAGACGGUGAGUGCUCCUCUGAUCCCGCCGCACGAAUCAGGGUCCUCUUCACGCACAACACAAUUGCAGGCUGCUCAUUUAGUUCUUCUUCCGGAAACUGCACAGAACUGCGUUCCAACAUCAGCAGCAUCUUGCUAGGAGACGCCAUUCCUGACACCAUUGCCAUGAGCUCAGGCUCCCAACCAGACUGGACCAGGGUCCUCAAACAGGAGUGCCCCAUCAGCUCGGAGGAAACAUGUGACUCUGGCUGCACCCUCCCUCACUCGCUCUCUGUGCAAGUACUGUGGGCACGUAUGGGCCUCCUAGAUCUCCCUCAGAGCUACAUCCUGGGUGUUAAAUACCUCUUUCGAUGUCGAAAGUUGCAGUGUCCUCUGUCGUCGCCCGUCAGACUAACCACCGAAGUGGCCUUUGCCGACAUGACGGUUUACCCCAAACCGCCACUGGAGUUCGGGUCGCCUUGACUGGCGGCACUGCAGAUCAGGGCAGACUCAUUUCUGUUGCGGUUAAGGUCACAUAGAGUUUAACGCUGCUCACAGCUAACAGGAUUAGAAUUCUUCACCAGGCAGCUGGACAAGAGAAAUUCUACACAAACAUUGGCUGACUGCUUUAUUGAAAGAUUAGUGAUGUGUUUUUGUACAUUCUUAGUCAAGGUGUAUUUUUGUUGUACGCUGCUCCACUUGUAGCUUCUCCUUUUACUCAGGUUAGUUCCCCUGCGCUCUUUUCUCCUUCUUCCCCGCGGGGCGGAUGUAGUUGAGAAGGUGGACAAUUGCAGCCGGUGUUAUUCCUUGCAAACGUGUAGCGGCGCCCAGCUGAGGGACACAAUUUGUUUCACCUCAAAAUAAAAAUGGAUAUCUUGAAAUCUA